UUGUUGUAGAAAAAAUCAAAGAUCUCUGCAUCUCGCAGACUGGCUCUCAAGACCAAGCUGCUGAAAAUGGCAGCUGUGAUGUUGGAGAAGGAGAAGGAGGAAAAAAGGCUGGAGAAAGAAGCAACUUUGGGUGAGCGGGUCCCUCCCCUUCAGCUGUCUGGUUUGUCCAUGCAGGACCUUCAGGCUCUGUGCAAAGAGCUGCACCACAAGAUCGAUGUCGUAGAUGAAGAGCGCUACGACAUUGAUGCCAAAGUGGCCAAAAAUAACAAGGAGAUUGAAAAUCUGUCUCUGAAGAUCAUUGAGCUGAAGGGUAAGAUGAAGCGACCUGCUCUGAAGAGGGUGAAGAUCUCAGCUGACGCCAUGUUGGGAGCUCUGCUGGGCGCUAAGGUCAAAGAGUCUGUGGACUUCAAGGCCAACCUGAAGACUGUGAAGAAAGAGGAGGAGAAGAAAGAGGAGGUGACUGACUGGCGUAAGAACGUGGAGGCCAUGUCUGGUAUGGAGGGCAGGAAGAAGCUGUUCAAUGCCGGGCAAUAGACAUUAUAUUUAUUGACAUUCUAUAUAUGAAUGCCAUUUUACAACAAUUAAAGAAAAGUAUGUUCCUUUUACAGCUCACAACAGUAAAUCAAGAGUGUAUGCAUGAGUGUGUACAUAGACUUCACAUUUACAAUAUACAAAAAUAUUCAGAAUUAAAGAAAUUGUGUAUAUUUUGCAUAUGUUGUCGUGUUGUUGUAGUGUUGGCACUUUUAUAACUGUCUACACUUUCACCACAGAUAAACUUAUAGUAAGAUUUACUGUGUGUUUUGAUCUUGAAAUGCCUGGAGAAGACGGUUUAUGUCAUGACAAUAAAUACUUCUAUUCAACACAGAGA